UUCUGCGAGCGCUUCCGGGUCGUCGACCUAUCUCUGCGCGCUCUGCGGCGGCCGGAGAGGAGGUCGGAGAAGUAGCUACCUCCUGUUGGGCUCCUGACGGUGCCGCUUCUGUCUUCUCCGCGGCGGGAAGCGCCUUUUCCACAGGUAAGCACUGGAAGUAUAAAUUUGCAAGUCAGUAGCAGAUAAAAGUGUUUAAAGCCGGAAGCCUGGAUGAGAACAUCAAUGCAAGCCUGAAUAAGAAAAAGAAUUUAUCCCUCCUGAGCCAUGGCCUAUCAGUUGUACAGGAAUACCACUUUGGGAAACAGUCUUCAGGAGAGCCUCGAUGAGCUCAUACAGUCUCAGCAGAUUACUCCUCAACUUGCCCUUCAAGUUCUGCUUCAGUUUGAUAAGGCUAUUAAUUCAGCGUUGGCACAGCGGGUGAGGAACAGAGUGAAUUUCAGGGGCUCUCUAAACACAUACCGAUUCUGCGAUAACGUGUGGACUUUUGUAUUGAAUGAUGUUGAAUUCAGAGAGGUGACAGAACUCAUUAAAGUGGAUAAAGUGAAAAUUGUAGCCUGUGAUGGUAAAAAUACUGGCUCCAAUACUACAGAAUGAAUAGAAAAAAAUGGCUUUUUUUAAUGCCAUCUUCUGUUAUUGCUCACCGCUUUUUGAAGAGAAGCAUAGAAGAGACUUUUUUUUAAUUUAUUCUAGCAUUGGAGAGAUGACUACACUGUGCUGUACUAUGUGAGAGUUCCAGUAGAGAGAAGCUUGUAACGCUGCACCCUCUUACCUCACCUUUAUUAUACAGCAUGAAGAAGCAGGCCAUUUUUUUUUAAGACAAAUCAAACAUUGUUUCCUUCGUAAGACUAUUCUUUAAUAAACUCCUUUUAAACCUCAA